AUGGCCGGCAUCUUAGUUAUGGGCGUUGCCCUUGGCCUGCAAGAGGGUGGGAAGAAGAUCAAAGAGAAGAGAGACGAAAGAAAGGCAAAGAAAGCUGCCCUGGCAGCCGAAGCAUAUGGGCCUGCGGAGUCGUCUUCAUCUGGCGCGGUGCGUGGCCACGCUACUCAUAGAGACUCCCGGCCAGGGAGGAAGAGCGAGGAGGCUCGAAGAGAGCAACAGCACCACAGCUUCAGCUCUGAGGAAGCCCAUGGAGAGGAUGCGCCGCCGGGUUAUGAGGAAGUCGUACGACCAACGUACGAAGAGGCUAUGCGGGAGGAUCUGCAUAGAAACUGA